CUAUUACAUGGUUAAGAAACUCUUAGAGGAAAACAGCUCCGGUGAAAUGAACAUAAAUUGUGUGGAUGUGCUUGGACGAAAUGCUGUUACCAUAACCAUUGAAAAUGAAAACUUGGACAUACUACAGCUGCUUUUGGAUUAUGGUUGCCAGUCCUCAGAUGCACUUUUGGUGGCUAUUGACUCAGAAGUGGUGGGAGCUGUUGACAUUCUUCUUAAUCACCGACCAAAACGAUCCUCCAGACCAACCAUUGUGAAAUUAAUGGAACGCAUUCAGAACCCAGAGUACUCAACAACCAUGGAUGUGGCACCAGUAAUUUUAGCUGCUCAUCGUAACAACUAUGAAAUUCUCACCAUGCUGUUGAAGCAAGACAUAUCAUUACCCAAACCUCAUGCUGUGGGCUGUGAGUGCACACUGUGCACUGCCAAGAACAAAAAAGAUAGUCUGCGACAUUCCAGGUUUCGUCUUGACAUUUAUCGGUGUUUGGCCAGUCCUGCCUUAAUAAUGUUGACAGAGGAGGAUCCAAUCCUAAGAGCUUUUGAACUUAGUGCAGACUUGAAAGAAUUAAGCCUUGUUGAGGUUGAGUUCAGAAAUGAUUAUGAGGAGCUAGCUCAACAGUGCAAAACCUUUGCUAAAGAUUUACUUGCACAAGCACGGAAUUCCCGGGAGCUGGAAGUGAUUCUGAAUCACACCUCCAGUGAUGAACAUGUAGACAAGCGAGGAUUGUUGGAAGAGAGGAUGAACUUAAGCCGCUUAAAACUUGCAAUCAAGUAUAAUCAAAAAGAGUUUGUUGCCCAGUCUAACUGCCAGCAGUUUCUGAACACGGUGUGGUUCGGGCAGAUGGCCGGCUAUCGGCGCAAGCACACCUGCAAGAAGAUCCUGACUGUUCUGAUGGUCGGCAUUUUCUGGCCAGUUCUGUCCCUGUGUUACUUGUUAGCUCCUAAAUCUCGAGUAGGUCGAAUAAUUCACACUCCUUUUAUGAAGUUUAUUAUUCAUGGAGCUUCAUAUUUCACAUUUCUGUUAUUACUUAAUUUGUACUCGCUUGUCUACAAUGAGAAUAAGAAGAAUACAAUGGGACCAGCCCUUGAGAGAAUAGACUAUCUUCUGAUAAUAUGGCUUAUUGGCAUGGUGUGGUCAGAUGUUAAGAGGCUCUGGUAUGAUGGUUUGGAAGACUUCUUAGAAGAAUCCCGCAAUCAGCUCAGUUUUGUCAUGAAUUCUCUGUAUUUGGCAACUUUUGCCCUCAAAGUUGUUGCCCAUAACAAGUUUCAUGAUUAUGCUGAAAGGAAGGACUGGGAUGCAUUUCAUCCUACCCUAGUGGCCGAAGGUCUUUUUGCCUUUGCCAAUGUUCUUAGUUACCUGCGUCUCUUCUUCAUGUACACCACCAGCUCCAUUCUGGGGCCACUCCAGAUUUCAAUGGGGCAGAUGCUACAAGAUUUUGGAAAAUUUCUGGGCAUGUUUCUUCUUGUCUUGUUCUCAUUCACAAUUGGAUUGACCCAACUUUAUGACAAAGGAUUUACUGUAAAUGAAGAAAAGGACUGUGCGGGCAUUUUCUGUGAACAACAGAGCAAUGACACGUUCCAUUCGUUUAUUGGGACGUGUUUUGCUCUCUUCUGGUACAUAUUCUCCCUGGCACAUGUCGCAAUCUUUGUGACACGUUUUAGCUACGGUGAAGAAUUGCAGUCUUUUGUGGGUGCCGUUAUUGUUGGGACCUACAACGUGGUGGUUGUGAUAGUAUUAACUAAACUCCUCGUGGCAAUGCUUCACAAAAGUUUCCAGCUGAUAGCAAAUCAUGAAGAUAAGGAGUGGAAGUUUGCUCGUGCCAAGCUUUGGCUUAGCUACUUUGAUGAUAAAUGCACACUCCCUCCACCUUUUAAUGUUAUACCCUCUCCCAAGACUAUUUGUUACCUUUUCAACAGUCUCAGUAAAUGGAUCUGCUCUCAUACCUCAAGUGGCAGAGUGAAACGUCAGAACAGCCUCAAGGAAUGGAGAAAUCUGAAGCAGAAGAGAGAUGAGAAUUAUCAAAAGGUGAUGUGUUGCUUAGUCCACCGUUACUUGACUUCCAUGAGACAGAAGAUGCAGAGUACGGAUCAGGCCACUGUGGAAAACCUCAAUGAACUGCGGCAGGAUUUGUCAAAGUUCCGGAACGAAAUGCGAGACCUGCUUGGCUUUCGAACUUCUAAAUAUGCUAUGUUUUAUCCAAGAAACUAAGGCCUAACUUGUAAACAAAAGGGCUACUGCUACCAGUGCAUUGAUUUGGGAAAAGGACUGAUGUAAAGGGAGUGUUAAGAGGGCAGGCAGGAGCUCUCCCUACCUUCCAUUUGGCAGGCUGUGAGUAAGCUGCCAGACCUUUCUUGCCUCACUGAAAAAAGCUACGUGACAGA